GCCCGCGCGCACGCCCGCCGCCUGUCGCUGCCGCCGCCGCCCGCCGGAGCUCUGUAGUAUGGCAUCGAGGAGAAUGGAGACCAAACCUGUGAUAACCUGUCUCAAAACCCUCCUCAUCAUCUACUCCUUCGUCUUCUGGAUCACUGGGGUGAUCCUGCUAGCCGUUGGAGUCUGGGGCAAACUCACUCUGGGCACCUAUAUCUCCCUCAUUGCUGAGAACUCCACAAAUGCUCCCUAUGUCCUCAUUGGAACUGGCACCACUAUUGUUGUUUUUGGCCUCUUUGGAUGCUUUGCUACAUGCCGUGGUAGCCCGUGGAUGUUGAAACUGUAUGCCAUGUUUCUGUCUCUGGUGUUCCUGGCUGAGCUCGUAGCUGGCAUUUCAGGGUUUGUGUUUCGCCAUGAGAUUAAGGACACCUUCCUGAGGACUUACACGGAUGCCAUGCAGAAUUACAAUGGCAAUGAUGAGAGGAGCCGGGCAGUGGACCAUGUGCAGCGCAGCCUGAGCUGCUGUGGUGUGCAGAACUACACCAACUGGAGCACCAGCUCCUACUUCCCAGAGCAUGGCAUCCCCCCGAGUUGCUGCAUGAAUGACACCGAUUGCAAUCCCCAGGAUCUGCACAAUCUGACCGUGGCUGCCACAAAAGUUAACCAGAAGGGUUGUUAUGAUCUUGUGACCAGUUUCAUGGAGACUAACAUGGGAAUCAUCGCUGGAGUGGCUUUUGGAAUUGCAUUCUCCCAGCUCAUUGGCAUGCUGCUGGCCUGCUGUCUGUCCAGGUUCAUCACGGCCAACCAAUAUGAAAUGGUAUAAGAAGAAGUCUUUCAAGAACGACGGGAUAAGAGACCUGAUUUAAAAAGGAAUGCAGCAAUCCUUGAAAGACUUCCAAAGAAUGUUAGAGCACAGUACAUAUUACACUUGCCCUGCUCCCACUAAUACCCUACCCCAUGUGCAACUGACACUCCCACACAGUCUCUACCCUGCCUUUCAGCCUAAAUCAUGUGUAGUGUUCCAUUUGGUGAAGCCCUGUUGUGCCAGAGUAUAGCCAGUUUCCCUGCAUCUAGUCCUAGUGGGCCCCACCAGGGGCUCCUCCAUCUGUACUUGUUCCAACUGCAGCUCAUCGUAGGUGACUGGUUAUCAAACAUCACUGGACCCUGGGCCCUGCAUGUAGUUUGGGAGGCUCCUGUUAACCUUUCAUUAUGAUUGAUAAAUACCACACCCCUCGAUGUAGAUAAACAGCUAUCUGUUAUUUUGACUUAAUCUUUGGUUUGGUUUUCCCUUUACUAAGCCUCUUUACUACCUUCUCCAGGCUGCCUAGGACAUGUAAAGAGGUACCUCAGUAAUUGUUCAUGAGAAGGAGAAAUCAUGUCAUAUGCAUAAAGGAAAUUGUUGAGAUUUAGGUGGCUUCCUUGCUUAUUGUUACAUGCCUGGGUAUAUAUAGACAGUUUAGUGCACCUAUGCCUGUCACUUGAAGCCUGUAUUACAAAGCUGUAUUGUUGCUUCCCAUGAAGGAAAUAAUAUUACUUCUGUUUCUCUCCAAUUAAUUGCUAUUGUAUCAUUUUACUUCUUUCUAUAUUUUUUUCUUUGCAUUGACAUUACAGACAUUGAAGACAUCAUCAAAUAAAAAAAUGAGUGUGAAGGGGGAACAAAUAUCAGAAUAUUUUUAAAAGAUCUUAAAAAAUAAUGCCUCUAGCAUGCCAACAAGAAUGCAUUGAUAUUGUGAACAUUUGUGAUACAUGUAUUAAUAAAUAGAUUCAUUACAAAUUUCUGUGUUCUGGUUUUGUUCUUUGGUUAUUUCAUAAGUUUUGAACACAUAUUUCCAC